UCCCCAAGUGUCUUAUGACAUAUUCCGCAUGGACAAGACCAUUUUUAGACACUUGUGUAAUGAGUUGAAGCGGCUGCACCUAUUAGAGGAGGACACUGGUUGGGUUUCAGUUGAGGAGUCCGUUGGGACAGUGCUAUAUAUCGUCGGACACAACGCUGACUACCGGGUAACUGCCAACCGCUUCUAACAUUCUCUCGAGACCAUUCAAAGGCGGUUCCGGCGUACCUUACGUGCUAUCCAUGCUUUGGGAUGUAUCAUCAUCCGGCCCGACGUUGAUGCAGCUGAGCUCCCUCAAUCACUUCGAGGGAAUGGGAAAUAUUAUCCAUGAUUUGAGAAAUGUGUGGGGGCUAUCGAUGGGACGCAUAUAAGUGCUUCUGCCCCAUCCGGUAGGACUACCGCAUUUAGAGAUAGACGGAGUGAUAUCACCCAAAACGUGAUGUGUGCAUGCAACUUUGACAUGCGGUUUACAUAUGUGCAUUCGGGAUGGGAAGGGAGUGCAAAUGAUUCACGAGUCAUGCAGGAUGCACUUGGACAUGCCAAGUAUGAGUUCCCUUGGCCGCCUAGAGGAUCGUACUACCUCGUUGACUCGGAGUACGCAAUAGGCAGUGCAUUCCUCCCCCCACACAAGUCCACACGCUACCAUGCCCAAGAGUUUCGGGGUGCGAACUGGCAACCUAGUACCCCACAAGAGUUGUUCAAUUAUAGGCAUUCCUCAUUACGGAUGGUGAUUGAACGAUGCUUUGGCGUCUUGAAGGCGAGGUUCCCUAUUUUGACUGGAAUGCACUCCUUCUCUAUCUCUAGACAACGGCUGAUUGUGACUGCUUGCUGUGCAUUGCACAACUUUAUUCGCAUGUAUAAUCGGGCAGAUGAAUUGUUCCAUGUGUGGAAAGGAUCAUUUGUGCGUAACAGAGACGCAAACCUAGUAGGAGCUGCACGCGUAGGCAAUGGGGGCACUGAAGAAGCUUUUAAUUCUCGGGCACAACGAGCAAUGUCAGAGUAUCGUGAUGUGAUAACUGCUGCUAUGUGGGCAGAUUACAUUGUUCAAUGA